UCCAACUUGAAUUAUUACAACUCCAGCUCUUCCCUUCUUUGUGAGACAUUCACACACUCGGCCUUCGCUGGUAAAGAACAGAGGGUGAAGGAGAUGGGCUCUGUCUCUCUCAAAACUGGAAGCGGAACGGCGAGAUUCAGAAGGUCUUCACUUUGUUCCUCCGCUUUGAAUUUGUUUAUCCUCUUCUCAGUAAUCACAACAAACAUCUUUGCUCUCUUCGCUUUCACUUACUUCCCAAAGACCCAUCAGAACAAUGAAGAUAUCUCUAUAGUCUCUCAACAGCUCUCCUUGAUCCUUGGAGAGAUUGAUUUUUCUCAGAGGAAGCUCUCACAGAUGCAGAAAGAGCUCCUGGGCUAUGAAAGCCUCGAUCUUUCCAGAUCAAACGUCUCAGAUGAACUGAAAACCUUUCUUCUUCCCCACCCACUCCCUCUAGGCAAAGAUUCAAGAACUGGGAUCACUGAAAUGGUGGCCUCCGUCGCCCAUUCUUGUCACAAAUCUGCCGAUUUGCUGACUAAGUUCAUGACCUAUAAAGUCAACGAUCACUGCCCGGACGACUGGAGUCUUGGUCAGGAUCUGAUUCUCAAGGGAUGUGAGCCUUUACCAAGGAGAAGGUGUCUUUCCAAGAUUACCCCUAAGUUGGGUUUGCAACCUUUUCCUGCUUCUCUCUGGGUUUGGAAGAAGAACAUAACUGAAAAGGGUCUAACUUGGAGUGGCCUUUCUUGCAAAAGCCUCUCCUGUUUGAAUUCCAAGAAGCUGAACAGAGAUUGCGGCGGCUGUUUCGAUUUAGUCAAAGGGUAUGAGACUCUGAAGUACGUUAAACCAAGAGGGAAGACCGAUUUCUUGAUUGAUGAUGUGCUGGAGAUGGCGAAGAACCGUAACAGUGUUAUCCGGGUCGGGUUUGACAUCGGCGGUGGGUCGGGAACUUUUGCCGCGAGAAUGGCGGAGAUGGGUCUGACCGUUGUGACCUCAACUCUCAACGUUGACGCACCGUUCAACGAUUUUAUUGCUUCCAGAGGACUUUUCCCCCUUUACUCUAGCCUGGAUCAACGGUUCCCGUUCCAGGAUAACGUGUUUGAUCUGAUCCGGGCCGGCAGUGGAUUGGACGUCGGCGGCCGCCAGGAGAAAUUGGAGUUCUUGAUGUUUGACAUGGAUCGGAUUCUGAGGGCCGGCGGAUUACUUUGGGUUGAUAGUUUCUUUUGCUCUAAUGAAGAGAAAAAGAAUGGGUUGACCCGUUUGGUUGAAAGAUUUGGGUACAAGAAGUUGAAGUGGGUUGUGGGAGAGAAGAUUAACGGUUCUGGAAAGUCCGAGGUUUAUCUGUCUGCUGUGCUUCAAAAACCGGUCAGAGUUUAGAACAAAGCAAUAAUUCCAUUUUUCCUUCAUAUUUUAGAGAAUUUAUGGACAUCCAUUGUGAUGGGUUUAGCCUAUCUAUCGGGUUUGACAGACCCACUGAUUGCUCCAUGGGUCAAGCCGUCAAGGUGGAUCCGAAUACAUUUACACGUCCCGGAAGGAACCAUUAUACUAUCAAUGGAGUAUUAUACAGCAUUAAAAUUGUAAUGUUUCAGACAUUCAAUGAUACGAAGUAAUAAAAACACAGUACUGUUGAGUGGUGA